AUGGAAGUUGAAUUCAGCAAAGAAGAUUUUCGUCUACCCGAUAUUAAAUACGAAUAUUUGGAUCAUACAGCCGAUGUACAACUCCAUGCCUGGGGUGAAACUCUUCAAGAAGCAUUUGAACAAUGCGGUAUGGCCAUGUUUGGUUAUAUGACAGAACUGGACUAUAUAUCCGUGGAGACCUGCUAUCAAAUUGAAGCCAAAGGUGAUGAUGUUGAGGGACUGCUUUUCCAUUUCUUGGAUGAAUUGCUGUUCCUGUUUUCAGCCGAACCUUUCUUGGUCUGCAGACGUUUGGAAAUAACUAAAUUCGAUUUGGAAAACUUUGAAAUUGAAUGUAAAUGUUAUGGCGAACCUUUCGAUUUGGAUAAACAUCCUCAGGGCACCGAAGUUAAGGCCAUCACAUACUCUGCAAUGCAAGUAAUUCAGGAACCUGAAAAGAGUAAUUAUGAAGUGUUUGUAAUUAUAGAUAUUUAA